AUGGUCUGCAGUGUGCGGCUGAACUCCGAGAACAUCUCUACACAGUAUUCCUUUUUUUUUCUAGUGGGUUCUAAUGAAAUCAAAUGGAAGCCAGAAACCAUCUGCACCGACCUGUUCUCAGAGUACCCUGGAUUAGAGGAUUUAAUGAAAAAACAACUCCGUGGAGUUACCCAGGGGGUACUGAUAUUUUCAAGGAGUUGGGCUGUUGACAUUGGCUUGCAGAAAAACCAGGAUGUUGUGUGUGAUGCUCUCCUAGUAGCUGACAGUGAGUGUCCAGUGUUGUUUACUGUGGUCAGGGGCACCUCUUGUGUCACAUCUGGAACCUGGAGAGAAACUGCUCGUGCCUUGAAGCAAAAACUAGUCAAUGAUGGGGGAUGUACUUCAAGAGUGUGUGUGAUUCCCCAGAUCCUGCAGCUGAAUGGCACAGAGGACCAGACAGCAGUUGAAGAGAAUGAGGUUCCCUGGCAAGAAACCCUGCAUGAUUCCACCAGCCUUUACCCAAAGAGUUACAUCCUCACCUCCAGGGACAUCCCUGCCUUCCUUCGGGCACUUGUGAUUGUUGUGCUGGGCUUUAAGUCCUACUUAAGUGACCAUCUUGGCUGUGAGAUUUUCAACCUUCUCACUCUCAAACAGUAUGAGCUGCUCUCCAAGAACCUGCACAAAGUCAGGAAGCUGUUUGUCCUUGGUCUUCCUGGGACAGGGAAAACAAUUGUGGCUUUGAAGAUCAUUGAGAAAAUAAAAAACACUUUUCACUCUUCUGCGGACGAGAUACUUUAUAUUUGUGAAAAUCAACCCUUGAAGGAUUUUGUGCCAAGUAAGAACUGCCAGGCUGUGACACGUGCUGCCUUCCUGGAAAAGGACUUCCCACACGUGAAACACAUCGUGGUUGAUGGAGCUCAGAAUUUUCGUUGUGAUGAAGGAGAUUGGUACCAACGCGCCCGGUCAAUAGUCAAGAGAAGUGGUGGCAUUUUCUGGGUCUUUGUGGAUUUCUUCCAGACCACUUACCCAUAUGACUGUGGUCUUGACUUUUCAAAAAUGGUUCCUCAGGAAUGGCUGACCAAAAUGGUCCGGAAUGCCAAGGAAAUAUGUCAUGUCAUGUUAAAUCUAAUGUGGAAAAUCCACCAAACACGUAACAUUGGUAUGCCCUAUGAAGUGCUGGAGGAGUUGUUGAAACAGGCUGAAUGUGCCCAUUCUUUGCCAGGUUCCUUUAGACAACACUAUGUAAGACCAGAUGAAUUGGCAAAGCAUGUGGCCGAGCUCUGCAAGAGCUACCUCGAUCAAGGCUAUCCCCUCAGAGAUAUUGCCAUCCUGUGCAGCACACAGCCUGAUGCUGAGCAGUUCAGACGGGAACUGCAACCUGAGCUAGAAAGACAACUGAGCAAGUGCAGGGUGAGGGGGGCCUUGGGAUUAGCAGAGGAUGUUUCCAAAGACGUCAUUGUCAUUGACAGCAUCCGACGCUUCUCAGGCCUAGAAAGGACGAUUGUCUUUAUCAUCAACGCUUACACUCCAUUAGACCACAUAUUUGACAAUCUCGUACUCUGUGCAGUGUCCAGAGCCAACAUCAACAUCCAUUUGUUUAAUUGUAAGAAAAGAUAUUUCUAAGAGGACAGUUCCUAUGGCUCUAGAUGCUGGAAAGUUUCACUCAUUUAGUGUGAUAUCAGUGACAUCAGAGAGCAGCCUGGCAGAAACACAGCAUCACAAUCAACAACUGCAAUGGGUCACCAAGAUUUCCUCAUUCUAACAGGACUCCUGAAGGGUUCAAGUCCACCAGCUGCUGUAACAGAGUGUGUUGUUGACAGCCCAGUUCUUACUCUCACGACAA